UGAGGAUUUCUCCGUUCCAUGGCCGCUAAGCGCCAGUUCGGUUCGACCUAUCAACCAGAUGAUUCCAGCAGCCAGACUGCCAAGCCAGCCAUGCCAGGGUCAUUGAAGCUCGGAUCAAGCAACGCCGAAAUGAUUAUGCUGGUCAAGCCCACAAGUUCUAGCCCGCCCCAGGAAUACGGAGGACUCGUCGGCAAUGUCUUUCGUAUCUUGCUGAUUGGGGCCUGAGCCAUCAGGGCGUUUGUUUGAACUGAGACACUUCAACUUUCAACCCACUCCCCCUUGACCCCUUGACUUUCUCAACCUCUUUCCUUCCAUCUCUAUCUCUCCAGAAGCCCUGAAUCUUCUGCUUAUUCCCAGCAAACCCCCUGCUAAUUGCUUUGUGUGCCUGUCUCGGGCUCGGGAUUCUCAUCUGGUCCAGCCAUCAGGUUGGUCAUCAGGUGACCGGGUGAUCCGUGCCAAUCCAGGAACCACGCUAGCACCAUUCAGGAUUAGCGCUUCUCCAGCUCUCUCCAACUCCAACCUUCCAGUCACUCCAGGUGAUCUCACUGUCACUCUCCCUCCACUCUACGCUGGAGCUAUCGUUGUUGGCUUCCAUUCCAAUCGCCAACUUUACUGGGCUUCUCUUCUUUCCGCGCCCUUUGCGACAACUUUGAUCGAGAUCGCAGGAGAUUCUCGUUGACGUUUGCCUUACCGCGUCGGAGCCCUUCACAGCUAUCUGCGGCUGGAGCCGUGAUCAAAAGAGAAAUUCGGAAUCGCUGGGAUAAGACAAGAUGGAUUCAUAUGAAGGCUAUGAUGCAUCUCCCGGAAGGAACCGAGAUGCGGAUCCAUUCUCCGGAAGAGGACCAGCGGAGUACCACCGCCGAUCGCCAGCUUCUCAAGAUCGCCGUGGCCGUGGUCGUGGCCGUUCCCGCUCUCCCAUGAUUGACCGCUACGAGCCUUCCGAGCGCCGCCCCCGAGAUGACUUCUACAACAACCCCCGUGAACACGCUGCUCGUGAUCGGGAAGAUCGCCGACGCGCCCAUUCCCCCAAUGUCAUGAACAUUGACCGUUACGUUCCCGGCCAAGACGCCGGCAAGCGUCCACUCCCAACGAACCCUCUUCCUGACCCGCUCAGUCUGGACUUCCAAGUCGGUUUUACCUGGUUUGCCGAGUGGUGGAGAACCGAACAAGCCAUAGGCGAGGAGAGGGAGCGCUCCAGAAAUGGCGGCCGCCGUGUCAAGGGCGAGCGCGAAGCUCGUGAGGACCGAGAUAAAGAACGGGCGCAAAUUCAAGCUGCAUACGAUUCAUACAAGGUCGACCUACAAGUCAAGCUGGCAAGGGCAUUCGUGCAACAACACCGCGAAGAAGAAUGGUUCAAAGAGCGGUACAACAAUGAAGUGCGCGACCCGAUCCGCAAUCGUCUGCUGGACUUCCGAAGGUGGGCCUAUGAGCAGUGGGAGCGGGAUCUUCACGGCGGAUUGUUUGAUGAUUUUACCCUCGAGGGCAUCUACAAGAGCGAAAGCGACGGCGCUGGUGGCGUGAUUGAAAAAGAAGAAGGCGAGGCCACUGCCGUCGGUGAAACAUUGGGAGUUCUAGAUCUCCUCCCCGUUCGGGGAGGUGAGCUUCGCGAUGAGGCUCUAUCUCAACCUGCCUUGCUUAUCAAGACUCUUGCGCCAAAUGUGAGCCGUGACAAGAUCGAGGAAUUUUGUAAGGAACACCUUGGAGAGAAUGAUGGCGGGUUCAAGUGGCUCAGUCUAAGCGAUCCCAACCCGUCCAAGAAGUUCCACCGUAUGGGUUGGAUCAUGCUGCAUCCUGGUGGCGACACAACAAGUACUGUGGAACGCGGAGAUGGUCGUGAAGAGGAAAUGGAUCAUGACAAUGGUUUGACUGAAAUCGUGACUGUCAGUGCUGCUGAGAAGGCGCUAGAAGCUGUCAAUGACAAGACAAUUCACGACCCGGUACACGGCGAUUUCACCUGUCAUGUCGGCGUUCAUGUUCCUCCAUCCCAGCCCCGUAAGAAGGCUCUGUGGGACUUGUUCUCUGCGCCGGAGCGCAUCGACCGCGAUCUUGAGCUGGCUCGACGAUUGGUUGCUCGGAUGGACGGUGAGAUGGGAAGUGUGGAUGGUUUCAGCAAGAUCGAAGAACGUGUCGAGGACCUUCGCGGCAAGGGCUGGCUCCAGCCUCCCGUGACGGGCCCCGUCAGUGUCAAGAAGCACAAGAACGGUUUCAAUGACGACGACGUUGAUGAAGGCGAAAUGGAAGAGGGCGAAGAGCGAGAAAUCUCCGUGGAUGACGAUGUUGACGACGAAGAGAUCCUGGCUAAGAAGAAGAAAUUAGAUCUGAUGGUCGAGUAUCUGCGCCGUGUUCACAAUUUCUGUUUCUUCUGCGUUUUCGAGAGCGACUCUGUUCAUGAGCUUAGUCGCAAAUGCCCCGGUGGUCACCUUCGCCGUCCCCGCACCGGCCUCUCCAGUCAAGCCAAAGAGGUUGCUCGUGCCAGUGCACUAGGGCAACCCUUCCCUGUCAAGAAGAAGGAGCCGAGCGAGGACGGAGAGGAGCGGGCUUCACCGGUGCAGGAGCGUCGCCCUCAGCGUGUUCCCAAGUCGGAGCAACAGCUUCAGCGCGCAUUCAACUGGGUCAAGACAUUUGAGGAUAAGCUGUUGCAAAUCCUAGAGCCUGAAAAUGCUGACCUGCGCAAGCUUGGCGGCAAGCCUGUGGAAGAGGCUCUUGACGAGGAGCUUGCCAAGUAUGUCAAGCAGGAGACCGACGACCGGUACCGAUGCAAGGUGCCCGAAUGUACGAAGCUCUUCAAAGCGGAGACAUUCUGGCGCAAGCAUAUCGAGAAGCGUCACGCCGAGUGGCUCGACAAGAUUCGGCAAAAUCUCUCCCUCGUGAAUGCCUACGUUCUGGAUCCUUCACGCAUCGCCCCAUCCCGUUCCGAUGCCAACAGUAACGGACACUUCCCCCUUGCUUCCGGUCAUGGCCAAGGUGGAACCCCCCGUGGAUUCAGCCUGCAGAACGUGCCUUACCUCGGUAACCCAGGAGCUCUUCCUGGCGGAUUUCCACCAGGCGGCAUGCCCGUCAUGGGCGCGGGUGGCGCCUGGGGCGGCAAUGGCAUGGCUGCUGGUGAUGGCGCACACCUGCACCAACCCGGCGUCAUGCGACGUGGCGGACACCGUCAACAUAGCCAUCGUGCUGGCCCUUACGACCGUCGCCGUCCUCCUAAUAGCAGUGGACGCCUCAGCCCCGUUCGCAUGCCCAUGUAUGGUUCCGGCGGCCGUCUCCCUCCUGCCAACUUCUCCGUACCCCCUGGCCACCCAGCCGCGACCAUGGUCCCCCCCAACCCCUUCCCUGAUGCUAUGGGUGGUGGCGGUGGUGGCCCACAGGGCAUCCCACCGCGUGAAGCAGUACAGGGCCGCAGCCUCAAGAGCUACGAGGACUUGGACGCUGUAGGCGGAUCCGGCAGCGGAGAGCUAAACUAUUAGCUACACUCACUUCUUCAACCCCUUUCAUUCACAUCUAGCUACACUUCAUUCUCUGUCACAAUUUUCCUUGUUUCUUGACAUCUACCUUCCCUUCCGUUUCCCCUUUUUUUCUCUAUCAACAAAUCUCGCUGGCGUCGGCGCAAAGGACGGAUUGGGUGAAUCUGUCGGGUGCGUCUUAAGUUUUCUUUUUGGUGGUACACCACAUCUUGCUGCGGGGAUAUCUACCUGUGGAAUACUUUCAUAUCUUUUGUCUGGCUAUCAGCACCUUUAUUUCUUCAGUCGAAUGUUCCAGUCUGGCUUGCGCCUUGCAUGUACAAUAUCAGUCAUCGAUGGACAAUCGAGAGGCAAAUGGAAGAUUGAAAUCCAAAUAUUCCCCUGGACUUUGUAGAGAAUUUGGAUAACGGUCUUGUACCUCUCUUACAGACAGGACUCUAGAAUUGAUGUCCCUUCUAUCGUGAUAUUUCCCCAUAAAUAGCGAUAUUCAAAUUCAUAACCUCAUAUCAGGGUAUCUCUUGUCUAUUUCAAACCAACAUUUCAACUCCACAUGACACCCCAGCCCCAUCGAAGAAACCAAAUAUAACCAAACCCCUCAAAUCGCUUCGUAAAGACUCUUCAUGGCAUCUGAAUAACAACCUCCUCCCAAGAAUCCACCCACCUCAACCCCAUCCCCCGAACGCGUCGCUCGCUAGCAAGAUACAGCAUGAGAUAGAUAUGCAUGGCGACUUCACCCCAUGCGUAGACUUUGAUCAAGACUGGUGUAGGUGUGUCAUCUGCCGUGGCUGUAGUCGUGGUUAUGGUUGUGUUUCUGGCCGUGUUAGUGGCAGCAUCGGGCGAAUUGGUCGCUGAAUCUGGAUCUGGGUCUAUGCGUUCGGCGAUACACCAUACGCCCCAUCCAGCGCGGGCAUCCUUUGCGAUAAAGCUUGAGAGGAAUGUCCAAAAGUGAGAGAAUUGAGGAUCAGUCCAUGUUUGGGGGUUCGGUGAUGGGCCAGUGCUAGCACCAGCACCAGCACCAAGAUCCCCUUUAGGGUUGUUCCCUUUUCUCCCCUUUUCCCAUGCUGGUGCUGACUCUGUCGCUGCGAUGUUAACACGCAUAGCCCAGUACCCGCGUUCGAGGGUAUCCAGUUCUCGGGAUUGAUGGGUUGGUUUGUAUGUGCGGGCGGGUUUGAGUCGCUCGAUGAGCAUGGCUAGGGUUGGGGUGACGUGUGUUUUGAAAGUGGAGGUGGAGAUUGGGGGUGGCGGGGGUCUAAGGGUGAGGGGGAGGGAUUUGGAGAAGGGUGUACUUUGCUGGUGAAGGGGGAGGUCAUGUCGAAUAGGAGGUUGCUGUCGUUGCUGCUCGGUCUCGAUUACCGAGACGGCAGCAUUUGCAGAAGCAGAAGCAGGAUUGUCGAUAUGUCGAGGGAAAGGGGAAGGGGAAGUAUUAGGGAGAGUGUGUGAAUGCGACUGCGGACCCUGUGUCAAGGGAGGCCGUGAACGUUGGUCUGCGUGCCCUGGAGGUGUCUUUUCUUUUUCGUGAUGUGCUGAACAUGAAGGGGUUGUACCUUCUAAUGCUGCGGCCUUGCUGAUAGUCUGGUCCGAUGGGGACGUGGAACAAGGUUCGACCCGCCGCCGUUUCGGUGGGUGGGCUGGUUGAUCUUCCUCGUGCAGCGGUGGUGAUCGUCGAGUGCAUACGGCUAGCUCUGGUUGAGAGUCCGGGAUGACACUGAUGAUACUCUCGAGUGAGUCCGAUGCGAGUCGAGACCGAAGCUGAGCCUCGAGGCCAAUUUGAUGGUGGGAAUUUCUAAUCUGGUUCGUAUGCGCCGGUGCUGGGAUCAGUAAACCAGGGCUGAUUUGAUUUGUGCCAGGAUCAAGACCGGGUAAGAUCGACGGGCGAUCGUGCCGUAGACAUGGACUUGGAUUUGAAUUUGCAAUGGGAGGAACCGUGGCCGUGGCCGUGGCCGUGUCAUUCGCAAGCGGAUCAGAUUGUGAACGAUCAUCCGCUCGAGGGGACGGCAGAUUGCCCAAGGGCUUCUUCUCCCGUUGGUGCAUCAAAUCCCGAUCACAGCGACUAUCACUGCUAGUCCGGCCCGCCCCAUUUGGCUGGCCAGCUAUUGCCGCUCUUACAUCCUCCACGGACUGAUGGGAGACCGAGGAUGGCGCGGAAAUGAGCUCGGACGCCUGCAGUAGUAAAGAGGAGGCCGCGGGCUUUGCAUUCUCUGCAUGCUCCGGGCCUUGAUCCGCAGGUGGUGGGGCUUCUGCUGGUGCUACUAGUGCUCCUCCAUCAUUCAAGAUCAGCGACCGACGCGAGAUAGGCUCCAAGGCGAGAAUGGCGGCGACUUGAGCACGGUAUCGGGCGUCAUCGCGGGCGGAACUGGGUGCGGAGACAUGGACGAGGAUCUCCAUGAGGCGACACCCGAUUUGGUGGGGAUAUCCCUGGAAAAAAGAUCCCUUGGACAGUGCGGGCGUAAUUUGUGUAAAUUCCGGAUGAUCAUAGGUGUGUGCCUGGAAGGGCCAAUGGGUCGAGGUCGACUGAUUGGAGGGGGAGGCAUUCAGGGAAGGAUGGAGGGAGGUGGCCGGCCAAAAGUAUUUGUCACGAGAGAACCACCAAAAUGCAGGCAGUUGGAGGGACUAUUGGAGGAUUGCGAGAUGCGGUGAUUGGGUAAUUCGCGGAGGGGAAAGGGGGGACUAUUGGGGGUGAUUUGGGAUGAUUUGUUGGGUUUAUUGGUAGACUUGCAGGUUUGGAUCUUGCUAUCGAGAGUGUAGUGCUUUUCUCGGGUGGUGGUAGUCAGUUCUCGUGUAUAGUUCAUGAGUUCAUGGUUGUACUCGAGAGAUCUUUUCGGAAAGUACAGGUAGAGAGAUCAGAACCAAUGAGCAGGAUCAUUCUCUUUAGAGUAUACGACCUAUACGCUCUCUACCCCGUAUACUCG